UGUCCCGUAAUUAGAAUGGUACGUUUCGUGCAAACCGGUUUGUACCGACCCAUGUCAAUUACGAUAGUCAAUUACGCAUUUGAGGACAGGAGUUUUGUUUUCAAAAUGCAUCUGUCAUUCAUCAGUUUAAACUAGAGGAUUUAAAGGCCAAUUGAAGGUAUUUCGUGUGUAAAAUUGAACAUACUAGUUACAAACAACAAGUCCAGAAAUGUAUUGAAGGGUCGGAUAUACCCUUUUACACUAACCACAUCUUGCGCACGAUGUACAUGAAAGAAGGCUGUCGAAAAUAUUUAAAAUAAGCAGCAGGAGAUAGUAAUGGAUGAUGACGAUGAAGAGCCAGAAGACUAUGCACCCGACCCACGUGAUUACUAUUCGCAUUUCUACCGUGAGAGCGAGAGACUUGAAACAUUCCAUGACUGGCCACCUUGGGCUCAUGUAAAUAAAAACGAAUUGGCCAAAAAUGGCUUUAUGUACCUACAUGUAUCAGAUCGCGUACAGUGUGUGUUCUGUAGAGCAAGUUUAGGUAGCUUUAAAGCAGGUGAUGUUGUGGCCAAUGAACAUAGGAAAUAUUGCCCAGAGUGUCCGUUUGCGUUCGGUUAUGAGUGUGGAAAUAUACCAAUACCAUCCUCAAGUAGAGUUCAGCAAGCAACACAAAAUGUUCAGUCGCUGAUUGUAACAGACAGGGCAAGGCCUGCGGCAGCUGGACACUUUGCACAUCACUCUCCAAACAGAGCUGUCAAUGCAAUUGCUGUUCCACAAUCACACAGCGAAACAUCCAUACUUUCAAGUGAGUCAAUUCAAGAAGCUGCAGCUGUUAUCACAGAGCCCAAGUACAGGGACUGGGCAGACGAACACACAAGGUUACGUUCAUACAGAGGAUGGCCCGCACAGAUGAGACAAACACCGAGAGACUUGGCAGCUGCUGGAUUGUUGUACAUGGGUCAGGGUGAUCGUUGCAAAUGCUACUGGUGUGGAGGAGAACUCCAUGGGUGGGAACCAGAUGACGACCCCUGGGUUGAGCAUGCAAAGUGGUUUUCACAGUGCGGCUUUGUACGACAAAAGAAGGGCGUUGAAUAUAUUAGGAUCAUCAAAAAUGGAGAGAGAGCAAACGUUGAGUCUUCUAGUAACCAAGAUUUCUUGAGACGUCCUCACGUUCUAGCUGCAUUGAAUGACUAUGGAUAUACGCAGGAACAGGUCUUGGAGGCGUUACACACAUAUGGUGUUCUGAACCUAGUCAACGCGCAGGAUAUCCGAAAAUACGUUGAAGAGUUAAAGAGCAAAAGGCAGGCAGCCCAAACGCAAGCAAUGCUCGCUGAAAGCUUAGCCAGUACUUACCCAAGCCUAUCGAACCACUUGAUCAACCGGUCAGACAGUUCAGUUGCAAUGACAGAUCGUGGUCUGCAGGUCGCCCAGCCAAGUGAUGACAUGGGGGCUUCCAGUGGUCAGCUGUGCAGCGAGGAUUUAAGGAUGGAAGUGGUGGAAGAAUCGCAACAUCCUGACAGCCUCACUAACGAGCGUAUGCAGAACCUCAGUCUUAUUAGCAACUCUAGUUCCUCUAUCAGUAAUCAUUCUGACGUAGAAGCAGUUCUUCAAGAAAACGAGUUACUUAAAGAGCGACAUAUGUGCAAGAUCUGCAUGGAUAAGGAAGUGUGUAUCACAUUCUUGCCUUGUCGUCACCUGGCAACUUGCGAAGAUUGUAACGAAUUACUCAAUAUUUGCCCCAUUUGCCGAGCACCUGUAGAAAAAAGGGUGAGGGUACGCUGGUCUACUAGAUAAGGUAUUUUAGCCAAAGGUCUACAGGUAUCAGGUCGGGCUCGACGAAGGAAGUCUCUUGCAUAGUGGUUUUAAAAGAAAUGAACAGUAUGCACAUGGGUAAACCUAUAUCCCGCAUAACGUAAGACCUGAAGACAGGUUUACCCUGAUGAAUGUCCAAGCACGCUGAAGGAAUGAGUGAAAUAUACAUAUAAAACUGUGUAAAUUACCAUUAACUUUUUUGCACCACGAUCCAGUGACACGAGGUUUGUAAAAUAAGGAUAGUAAAUAGGAAAGUGCAUAAUUGAGAACUGUAACUUAAAGGAAAAUAACUGCGUUGAUCAAAAGAUUAGUAGUUAACCAUGUAUUUAGACACGUAAGACUGAAAUCGAGCUUUUUAAAACGAAGAAAUGUAAAAGUUAAAUCCCCGAUGGCAACCUUCCUACAUCGUUAAUUUACUCCUAGAUUUGUUUUCUAAUCAUUUUCAUAUCUAUAUAAUGUACCAUGAUACACAUAUAUGAGACCAAACCUUGGUCAGCUGAAGAAAUAAGGCAUAAACAUAUUAUAGUUAUGGAUUUAUUAAGUUAAUUGAUAGAAAAUAAUCAGUUCGUAAGUUAUAUUAUUUCCUUAUAUAUUCUUUGCAUUUGAUAAACAUUUAUUAAAAUGGACAAUUUUUAAA